AUGUUAGGUCUCGUGGCUGACGGUAAACCCCACGGCAAUGAUCCGCUGCACGACGAUGACGACGAUCUCGACGAUCCGAACGUGGACUCACCGGGCCUGUCUGCGUCACCACCGCCGGCACCACCCCCACUGCCACCACCCGUGCGGAACGGUUGUCAGCGGUGUCGGUUCUCGAUGGCUUCCGCUAGCUCCACGCUCAACCGUUCCCAUCCACAUCUGGCCAGCGGUACGGGUACGCUUGGGUCCGGUUCGGUCGGAGGCGGUGGCACACUGCCCCGCACCCACCGUGGCACCACGAACGGGGGAACGCUCGAGCGCAACCAUAUGGCGGCCAGCUCGAGCCAUCUGCAUACGGCGGGUGGCGUUACGGCAACGGGCCCAUCCACCGGCACUGGGAACGGCACGUAUCCUGGAUACGAUCGAAAUCGGUUGCUAGAUGAGGAGGACUCCGCAUAUCCGGCACUGCUGGAACGUGAGCUUCACUCGCUGCAUCGGAAUGUUCCCGCCCUACGACGAGCCGGUGUCGAUACGACCGCAAUCCGACAGCACUUCUAUCCGGACGGUGGCUGGGGAUGGAUCGUGUGCGGAGUCGCAUUUUUGGCCCACGUCCUGUCCACCGGAUUCCAGCUGUCGUACGGCUUGCUGCUGCUGUACGCGAUACGCCAUCUGGGUCACGAGGUGAAUACCGAAGCAGGUUGGCUCGGGCCUGCCAGCUGGGCCAUGUCGCUGUUUUCGGCAACGAUAGUAGUGGCGCUUUGCCGUCGAAAGUCCACCCGUUUGACGGCGGUGCUCGGGGGGCUGGUGCUUGCGUUGGGCAUCCUGUUCACAUCGUUCGCCACCCAGCUGCAUCAGGUAGCGUUCAGCUAUGGCGUCAUCGUAGGCAUCGGGUCGGCCAUGGUACGGGAGUCGGCCGCCGUUAUGCUGGGCCAUUAUUUCAAACGGCGGAGACAAUUUGUCGAAAUGAUCACCAUGUCCGGUGAGGGUGUCGGUGUGGCGCUGUUUUCCGUCAUCCUUAAGGAAGGCGUUGGGAAGAUGGGCUGGCGCCUGGGGCUGCAAGCGGUCACAGGGCUCGUAUCGUUCAGCUUCUUCAUGGGGCUGCUCUACCGGCCGGCGUCACUCUAUCAUCCCCAGCGGCGUGCGAUACUACACUUGAAAAACCAAAGGAAAAAGGUGAAGGAAAAGAAAACUCACGUCCGUACGCCGAAGCCACCGUUCCUCGAUUUUACGCCUCUAAAAUCCUCCUCGGUGCGGAUGCUGUCAAUAUCGGCCUCGGUGGCCGCACUAGGCAUCUAUUCGCCCAUAUUUUUCCUGUCCCUGCACGGGUUUAGCGAAGGGUACGAUAUGCAGGACUUGGUGCUGCUGCAAACCUUUCUCGGACUGUCGAUAGCGUUAGGUAUAGUGUUUAGCGGAUCAUCGAUCAACAAGACGCUGGAAAUAUCCUUCCGGAAGGUGCAGAUAUCGCGUCAAUAUGUUUGUCAGGGCUGUGUUACGUUAGUGUCAGUAUCGUUGUUAGUAUUAUCGGCCGUUGCCGACUACCGGGGCCUGUGCUUCUCCGCGUGGGCGUACGGGCUCGGGCUCGGCGGCUACCGUUACACCUUGAAGAUGCUUGCGAUCGAGCGCAUCCGGGGCAAGUACUUCUCCAAGGCGUGGGGUUUCAUCAAGGGUGCCGAAUCGCUGCCGGUGCUGUUCGGGGUGCCACUGUGCGCCUUCCUGAACGAUUCCUCGCACCGGUACGGUCGGGCGGGCUACUACAUAUGUGCCGCCAGCGCGGCCAUCUCGGCUAUUAUUCUGUUCUUCGUGGGAUACCCGGACGGGCGUAACAUGAAAUAUUCUACCAAUGGUUCCAUCACAUCGCGGUGCACCGCACCAACCUCAUCGAGCGACUGUCAGCACAUCUUGGACCGAAGCUUUUCCUCGCAGCGCUACAACAACCCACAGUGGUACGGCAACAACACGCACGCGACCAACCUUUCGAACGGUUGUCACGGAUCCGGUACGUACCCCGGUGGGACGGGCCUGCAGCGCUGUCUGUCCACGAGUCAAUUCAUGAACGGCGGGCUUAAUCUCUCCUCGGGCGGAAUUGGACCAAGCGCGUCAGCGACCACGACAACGGCCGGCCCAGGUGCCCGUCUGCUCGGCAACAGUCAAUCUCUUGAUAAUCCAACUAGCGGACAGGCCGGUGCCGGGUUCAGCUACCACAGCCCGUUCUGUGGCCAAUCCGCGGGCCAACCGCACGGUCGCCUGCACAAGAGCCUAUCGUUCGCGUUCCAGACACCGAUGUUCAGUGAUGAUCCGAUACAUCACACCUGCCAGCAGGCGUCCGGCUAUGCGGCCGAUUACCCACCACCGAGCCGGUGCUACUCCAGGUGUGAACUGCACAACCCAUCCCAGGCCGCACCGAUCACCGUCCAUCGGGACACACUCAACCGGCAGCACAGCUUUCGUGCCUCGAGCCGUGGACAGACACCGCGACACACCGGUCAUGUGAGUGCCCGAGGUCAGCAACCGUCAACACCGCACCAUCAUCACCACCAUCAGUACCACAAUGGUCACCAGCAGUCGCAACCGCAGCAGCAACAGCAACAUCAUCCACACCAUCACCCAUUGCCACCGUACCCGGCGAAUGGGUUGCAGUACCAUCCUUCCCGCAGCCGGAGCGUCCCCGAAGGGUUGGGUGGCGCGGGCCGGGCCGGUGCGGGGGGUGCGCCACCGGGGGCGGGGGGCGACUGUCACUGGAAUCACUGCCACUGGACCACCGCGAACGGAGUCAACUUCUGCCGCCCGAAUCGGCCGAUUCAGGUGGUGGAGCAGAUCACGACUUCCGUUUGACUAAAGUUUAAAAUACUCAAGUUCUUCCUGUGCAUCUCGCUGCACCUGCUGGAGGGACUGUUCUCGUAGAUAAUUUGCAUCCGUGCGAAUUCGUUUUAAAUCUAAUGGUGUACGUUUCACUGGAGCGGUGCGUGUCGACGGACGCAAAACGCGACUCCUCUCUGACAACCAUUUCCGUAUCACAAUCGGCAAACCGGUAACGCUCAAGCGCUCUAGCGUAAAAAUCAUCAACCAUUUAAUGUGUUGCUCGAGGUAGAGGUAGUCAUCGACAAACAGUGUUCCUUAAUGUUCCGUUUGCCAAACACCUAAAAAAAAAACCCUGAUUACGUUUUUCGGUUAUUAUUUCACUCACAAUUAUGCGUACCAUCAAACCGCUCAUUCGCACGGGCACGUGUUAAAGAGACUGACAGCCAACUGCCAGCAUGCAAACCGAAAUGCAAACACGUGUUGGCGUAUACAUCCAAGUCCGCCUAUCUACCGCAUGUGGACCGCGCUCUAGGUAAAUAGCAAAAUUUUUAUGCCAAAUCGAAUAAUAAAUUGUUUAUCUUGCCCCGUUAAUUCGCCAUGAUGGAUCGGGUAUUACGCCUAUUGUUUUAACAUAAUUUUAUCAUGCACGUCGCAUAUUUACCCCGCGUAUUCUGGGAAAAGCUUGCAGAUGGAUUAGAAUUUUACACGCACAAUCGAGCAAUGGAGUACCGAGAGCGGUAGCGGACUGACGGAUGCGAUCAGUGCCAAAUGUUUUCAACACUCAGCCUCACUAAUUUUGUGAUUCAUUUGAACUGCCUGCAACGAGUGAUACACAUUGCCGCUUAGUGUGGGUGGGUGUGUGUUAGUGUGUGAUUAUUUUCUCACAAUAAAUUAUAAUUAACGUGCUGCGUGCUUUUUUGUGCCAUCCACCGGUACGUGUGGUGUGGGUGGAGAAGUCGAGUGGUACGAGUUCGCUUUCCGAUAAGCAGAUUAUUGUCGAGCCCUUGCCCAAUGUUGCGUUGCGUUUCAAAGUGGCAUGAAUAAUUAUAAGCACGAUCGAUUCGAUAGCAACUUUCAACCCCAACGCAUAGUCAAAAUGGUUCCAAUGCCCGAUUAGCUGUACGGAAAGCAGUGUAUUGCGGCCCCAUGGGGGAACUGAAGAACACAGACACGUGUCUCGUAUCGUAUUUCUAAAUAUUGUGUGUUGUGUAUAUGUUUUGUUUUGUUUUCUUGUUAUAAUUUUAACUAUAAAGUGUUUUUUUGUUUCUUUCUUUAACCCCUUUUUUGUUUACGUUCUCUGUGGCCGUGAUGUGAGUGAGAGUAGUGCAAUUGGGAAAUAUUAUUAUUCUGUUGUAUGUUGUAUUCUCUAUGUGUGUAUGUUUGUUCGUGGCGAAAGCGAAAGCAUAACGUUUAUAUAGGAAACUAAUGCUAGAGUUGUGAAACGAAUGGAAGGGAGGAAAAUAGAAUGAG